GGAGGGCGGGGCGGAGAGUGGGGAGGGAGGGGGCGGCGGGGGGCAGCCGCCGCCGCCGCCAUCUUGUCGCGGAGGAGCCGAACGGAGCGGGCGGGACCCGGCGGCGGGGCCUGGACAGCAUCAUUGAUGUCCAGCUCCCCGCUGUCGAAGAAGCGCCGCGUCUCCGGGUCCGAGCCACCAACGGGCUCCAGCCGCGCCCCCGCCCCCGCCGUCCCCGCCAGCGUCACCCCCACCAACGGCAUGGCGAAGAACGGGGCCGAGGCCGAGAUCGAUGAGGGGCUCUACUCCCGCCAGCUGUAUGUGCUGGGCCAUGAGGCAAUGAAGCGGAUGCAGACGUCCAACGUCCUGGUGUCGGGGCUGCGGGGGCUGGGGGUGGAGGUGGCCAAGAACCUGGUGCUGGGGGGGGUCAAAUCUGUCACCCUCCAUGACCCCCAACCCACUGCCUGGCCUGACCUUGCCUCCCAGUUCUUCCUGCGGGAGGAAGAUGUGGGGCAGAACCGGGCGGAGGCGACGCUGCCCCGGUUAGCUGAGCUCAACGCUUAUGUGGCUGUCACCAGCACCCGCCAGCCCCUCAGCCAGGACAUGCUGGCACCCUUCCAGGUGGUGGUGUUGACCAACUCGUCGUUAGAGGAACAACUGUGGGUUGGGGACUUCUGUCACAGCCAUGGGAUCAAGCUGGUGGUGGCCGACACCCGGGGGCUUUUUGGGCAGCUUUUCUGUGAUUUUGGGGACGACAUGGUGGUGACGGACACCAAUGGGGAACAACCCCUCAGCGCCAUGGUUUCCAUGGUGACCAAGGGGUGCCCGGGGGAGGUGACGUGCCUGGAUGAGGCUCGUCACGGCUUCGAGACGGGCGAUUUUGUCACCUUCACUGAGGUGGAGGGGAUGGAGGAGCUGAACAGCUGCGGCCCCAUGGAGAUCCGCGUCCUUGGGCCAUACACCUUCAGCAUCGGCGACACCAGCGGGUUCGGGGACUACGUGAGGGGGGGAAUUGUCACCCAGGUCAAGAUGCCCAAGCACAUCCGCUUCAAGCGGCUGCGGGAAGCACUGGUGGAGCCGGAGCUGAUGAUCACCGACUUCGGGAAGGCCGAGAGACCUCCAGUCAUGCACUGGGGCUGGCAGGCCCUGCACCGCUUCAUCCACCAGCACGGCCACCCCCCUCGGCCACGUCACCAGGGUGAUGCGGCGGAGGUGGUGGCCUUGACCCGGGAGGUGGCUCCAGGGGCGGAGCUGGAUGAAGAGGUGCUGCGGGAACUGGCCUUCCAGGCCACCGGUGACCUGGCCCCCGUCAACGCCUUCAUCGGGGGGUUGGCGGCCCAGGAGGUCAUGAAGGCGGUGUCGGGGAAGUUCACGCCCAUCACCCAAUGGCUCUACUUCGACGCGUUGGAGUGUCUCCCUGAGGACAACAAGGAAACGGUUCUGACUGAGGAGCAGUGUCGCCCACGCAACAGCCGCUACGAUGGGCAGAUUGCUGUAUUUGGGGCGGAACUGCAGGCCAAGCUGGGUGCCCAGAAGUACUUCGUGGUGGGGGCAGGGGCCAUUGGCUGCGAGCUGCUGAAGAACUUUGCAAUGGUGGGACUGGGCUGCGGCCCUGAAGGCUGCAUCACCGUCACCGACAUGGACACCAUCGAGAAGUCCAACCUCAACCGCCAGUUCCUCUUCCGGCCCUGGGACGUGACGAAACUGAAGUCGGAACGGGCGGCAGCGGCAGUGCGGGAGAUGAACCCAGCGCUGCGGGUGAGCAGUCGCCCUGACCGCGUCGGCCCCGACACUGAGCGCGUCUACGAUGACGACUUCUUCGAGGCCCUGGAUGGUGUCGCCAACGCCCUGGACAAUGUCGAUGCCCGGCUCUAUAUGGACCGGCGCUGCGUCUACUAUCGGAAGCCGCUGCUGGAGUCGGGGACGUUGGGGACAAAGGGGAACGUGCAGGUGGUGAUCCCCUUCCUGAGCGAGUCCUACAGCUCCAGCCAGGACCCCCCUGAGAAGGCCAUCCCCAUCUGCACCCUCAAGAACUUCCCCAACGCCAUCGAGCACACCCUGCAGUGGGCGCGUGACGAGUUCGAGGGUCUCUUCAAGCAACCGGCAGAGAACGUCAACCAGUACCUGAUGGACCCCAAAUUUGUGGAGCGCACGCUGCGCCUGGCGGGCACGCAGCCGCUGGAGGUGCUGGAGGCGGUGCAGCGCAGCCUGGUAAGCGAGCGGCCGCGGGGCUGGCCCGACUGCGUCGCCUGGGCCUGUCGCCACUGGCACCGCCAGUACAGCAACAACAUCCGCCAGCUGCUGCACAACUUUCCCCCGGGGCAGAAGACAAACUCUGGGACCCUCUUCUGGUCGGGGCCCAAGCGCUGCCCGCACCCCCUCGUCUUUGACCCUGACAACCCCCUCCACCUGGACUACGUGAUGGCGGCAGCCAACCUCUUCGCCCAGAGCUACGGGAUCGGGGGCUCACGGGACCGGGGGGCGGUGGCAGAGCUCCUGCGCCACGUCCGCGUCCCCCCCUUCGCCCCCAAGGCCGGUGUCCGUAUCCACGUCUCCGACCAGGAGCUGCAGAGCGCCACCACCGCCCUUGAUGACGGGCGCCUGGAGGAGCUGAAAGCGUCACUGCCCAGCCCCGAGGAGCUGCCUGGCUUCCGAAUGUUCCCCAUCGAGUUCGAGAAGGACGAUGACACCAACUUCCACAUGGAUUUCAUCGUUGCUGCCUCCAACCUGCGAGCGGAGAACUAUGACAUCCCCCCAGCCGACCGCCACAAGAGCAAGCUGAUCGCAGGGAAGAUCAUCCCCGCCAUCGCCACCACGACGGGGGCCGUGGUGGGCCUGGCCUGCCUGGAGCUCUACAAGCUGGUGCAGGGCCACCGCCGCCUGGCCUCCUACAAGAACGCCUUCCUCAACCUGGCCCUGCCCUUCGUUGGCUUCUCCGAGCCCCUCGCCUGCCCCCGCAACAAGUACUACGAGGUGGAGUGGACGCUGUGGGACCGGUUUGAGGUGCAGGGGCUGCAGCCUGACGGGCAAGAGAUGACUCUGCGCCAGUUCCUCGCCUACUUCAAGAAGGAGCACCGGCUGGAGAUCACGAUGCUGUCACAAGGUGUUUCCAUGCUCUACUCCUUCUUCAUGCCAGCCGCCAAGCUGCGCGAGCGCCACGACCAACCGAUGACGGAGAUCGUGGCGCGGGUCUCCAAGAAGAAGGUCGGCCGCCACGUCAAGGCCCUCGUCUUCGAGCUCUGCUGCAACGACGACACCGACGCUGACAUCGAGGUGCCCUACGUGCGCUACACCAUCCGCUAGCCCCGGGGUGGGGGGCUGUGCCCCAGCCCGGCCACGCCCCUGGCCACACCCCCUCCGUUGAGCCCUGCCCCACCCCCCACUCCUCUAGUUGUUGUUGUGUCUUGGCCCCGCCUCUGGGUUGGUGGGGGGCGGGGCGAGGGGGGGGGCGGGGCGAGGGGGGCCCCGCCCAAUAAACAUAGACG